AUGGCUUUCGGGAGUAAAGAGGACAAAUAUCGCCUCAUCUCACUCGAAGAGCUCGCUCAACAUAACACACCGGAGUCGGCAUGGCUAGCUAUCAAGCAGAAGAAUCAGCAAGAAUGGAGUGUCUAUGAUUUCACUGAGUUUCUGGAGUCACAUCCUGGUGGUGAAGGCAUUCUUUUGGUGUAUGCCGGACGCGAUGGUUCAAGUGUUUACAACGCCAAACACGGAGACUUUCGAAUCACCCAGCAACGUGAUGUCACGAAAGUCGGAAUCCUCGACCCUUGCACUGUUACAGAAGCAUUUGCGAAGACAGGCAGCGUGGUGCGUCCAACUAAAACUCGGAAAAAUCCGCCCAACUCUGAUCGAAUGGACAUCGAUACUGUCGAGCCAAGUUCAGCUGAGAAAAGGAAGGUCAAUUUCGACAAGGAUUCCGAGUACGCCGACGAAGUGGAAGAGGAAGCAGAAGAGGUUCCAGCUAAGAAAGCAAAGACAACUCCUGCUAAGUUCGUUUUUGGUCCAGACAAGAACUUGGAAGCAGGAAAGAAGAUAACGGGCCGUCCGAGAGGCAGACCACGAAAGCAGACCACAAACCCAACAGCAUCAGAGUCACCAACCAAGCCUGUCUCUCCCGUCAAACAAACAGACUCGACACCUGCCAGGAAACGAGGCCGUCCAGCAAAAAUUAAACACGAAGUGACUGAUGACAACUCCAACACAGUCUCAACCUUCAAAGAGGAUCCCACCACUCAACCCGAAGAGCCAGUCCAACCUGGUACAACUUUCUGGGACACCGGACCAAAUAUGUACGCCCGGGCAAGAAAAGCUGGCUUUAAUCCAAAUCCAACCGGACCUUGGAAGGGUCCUUCAAGAGACGAUAUAGCAAUCUUGCGAGAUCGUCUAAGUGGUGUGGAUAGUUCCAAAAAGCGAGAAACCGAGGAACUUGCUAAGGCAAAAGAGCUUGGAGACUACAAAUCUGGAUUGGUGACUGGUACAUUCAUCCAGAAUGCUCGAGGGUUUUUCAUACCUGUACCUGGAUAUGAGCCAUUCUUGAGCAGCGUGGAGAAAUGUAAUGGGAUUGUAGGAGCGGCAUUUCUUGAGUCUCAGAAGACGGGGGAAGAUCCUGUGGUUGUACAGAGAAAGUUGGAGCGGGUGACGAGGAAGGAUUCGAUGUCUGUGGAGGGUGUUGAUAGUGAAGAUGACUAUGAUGUUGGGGGAGUCAAUGUGAUUUCAAAGGCAGCAGCUCGAGGAAGAGGGAGAGGAAACAGGAGCCGAGGACGAGGCGGUGUUGACAGGACGGCCAAAGAGCCUAAGAUCGAACCACCAGCAUACACUGGCCUCUUCGCACCAUUCUCUCGAAGAAAAGAGUCGCCUUGCGAGUCGAUAACAAGCAAUGUCUCGAACCCAUUCGGAACAAUUCCCGCCACCAUUCAGCAACCAGGACAUCUCGGUGGCGGUAAUGGCCUCUUCGGACCUGGACAAGCGGCUGGUGGAUUUGGAGACACAACAACGGCUCCCAAUCAGCAAAUAGUGCAGCAGAAACCUGGUCUCUUUGCACAUGAGCGAGGGACCAGCUUUGCUGCACCACCGACCUCGUCCUACAAUACCGGCAUCACAGUUUGUCCUGGUUCAUCCUACAGCUCGGGGGUACACAGUAAUUUGUUUGCAGCAUUUGGUCCCUUCAAGGGAAGUACGGUCCAUCCAACCCCGGCUGAUCCUGUGAAUGGAGGAAGCGGUUCUACUAGUGGAGCAGGAAGCAUGGGCAGAGUCUGUAAACGGCCGUGGUAA